UAAAGUCAAUAUCUGCUUCACAUAACAUGACUAACAAUGCAACAGCAAUGUGUAAGAAGUUGGUAAUAGCUUAAUCAUGAUCAUUUGAGAUACAUUUUUUAUAGGCCUAACUAUAUCCAGAGUUGUAUGUUUAAUAUGUAUUAUGUCAAAGUAUUUAAUGUAAUAAUGACCAAAUUAAACAUGUCUAUAUAGUUUAUUUGAAUAUAAUUUUUUGGAUAACUAUUUCGUAUUUUAAUUUAAACUUUUAAAUACAUUAAGAGUCUUACAUUUCCUCACCUUCUAAUGGGGCUAUCAAUUCAGCCUGGUUUAAAUGUGGUAGGCUAUGGAGGUAUGUAAUAGUUGUUAUUUAAUAUAGCAUUAAGGACUUUCCCUAACGUUUCAUACCAUUUUCUGGACACAUUUAAAAAAUAUAUUAUUUUUUCUUCACAUUUUGUAUUAACAUAAUUGCAAGGAUAGACAUGCAUGUAGUCCUACUCUAGUGUAAAGUAGGCCUAAUGUUUAAAAAAUAUUUGGAAAUUACCUUCCAUAGCAUAUUCUAUGCAAUAAAUCGAGAAUAUUCGUGGGAAAAUGUAUGUCAGAUAAGGUUCAAUGGACGACCUUGACCUAUAGUUAACGAUUACCCUAAUACACAACUCUGUGCUCCGGUGCAGCAGCCAGUGUAGUUGGAGCUCAGCGGUUGAAUUGUUCCCUGGACUCCCUGAUGUGUGUCAAAUCAGUUCAGCACAGCUGGGACUGGGACUAGCGAUAUUUUAGUUAUGACUUCCACUGAACUGCUUUAGAAAAAUGCACGAGCAAAACAAAUCAGUUUCCGAUGCUGAGUUAAUUUGUUUUGGGGUUUGAGGUAAUCAUUUGUAAAAGGUAUUUUGUUGGUUUAUUCAAGUAGCCAUUUGGGAAUUGUUUUGCGCAAUAUUCAAAAUAACCCGUCAAUGGAUUUUCUUGACAAAACGAAUUGUUUGCUUGAAGAAACCUUCGAACAAGAUAAUUAAAUGGGACAAUGAUUAACUGAGGUUGUGGGUUUCUUCAGGCAAACAACUAGUGGUGUCAAUAAAAUUUGGGGUUUAAGGACAGGAUUAGUCAGAGUUGAACUUUUUGACAGUAUCUAAAUGGUAGGUUUACUUCAGUUAGGGUAGAUAACAAUUCAUUACCGUUUAGCUCUGAAGCAUUGGUCAUGGUGCGAGGUCAUGAGUUUUGAUGAUCAAUUGUUGCUCGUUAGACCAAUUUUGUCCUUUCUAAUUAUUUGUUCACAAUCUAGAGGGAUAUUCGCAUGGGGUCUUGAUUAGCAGACAAGGACGUGCAUGUAUGUGUUCUAUAUUUGAUCACUUUACUUAUUAUUCUUAGGUCUAUUGACAGACUACCGAAAGAAAUGGCACACAUGUGGCUUCAUCUUUUUGAUCUUGAAUUGGACCACAACCUUUGAAUUAAAUUAGUCGAACGCUCAUUAAAAAAAAUACAAAAUAUCAUGUCCAACUGCAUCUUAGAAGUAUUCCUACUUUUAAAAAUGCCAAUAUCUCAUGGCUUCUGCAUUGUAGAUUUGCUUCGUUAUCUAUAGCCUAAUAUAAUACAGGUUUUACAUUCAUGUCAGCCUAACAGUUGACGUUUCUAUCUUUUGGAAAAUACGAAAUAUGACUCAUCACACACCCUGAUGACCCACGCCUCCUUUAAUAAACGGAGCUAAAAGACAAUCUGCUGGGUUCAUUCUCUAUAUGACUUGCCUAGUUAAAUAAAGGUUCAAUAUUAAUACAGUAGGCCACACACCAUUUAUGUACUGCAAUCAAUUUCUCUCGCACGCCCGGGACUAUAGGCCAACCCAUGUGUAUGUGCAACGUUAUGUCUCCUAAUUGUUUUAGGCCUAUGUCUUUUGCGACAAGCAAUGUAUAGACGGUGCCAGACGCACGGCAGUGGGGUAGGCUAUAUUACAAUGCAGGGACCAGAGGCCGCAGGAGUCUCAUUACAGGUGGUUGCCGUCGGGGACCGUUUUAGCCAGCCAUGGGUUGGUCCUGGGCAGGAGGGCCAUGAUCGUUCAAAAGGUGCAGAUGAAACGCGGAUGCUGCUGGAUGUGUGUGACGAUGGGACGUCUGUGUAGCAUAUUUGACUAUUUUCAUAAGAUGUGGUCGUGCCUUGAUAUGGGAUGGGGUGCUUGCCCUUGCAGGUACGGCAGUAACCCUCAAGACUGGGUGGAGUGUCACAGACUAUGUUGCCAAUAAACCUAUGAGCUUUUUAUUUUAUUAUUCACGAUUUUAAUAUGUAUUAUUCAAUAGGAGUUAUAAUAUCGCUACUAGGUUACAUUUACAUUUUGCAUGAUUUUGUAACUUUUUUAAGGGGUUCACAUUAAAGAAAAAUAUUACUUUGGUCAAUUACCAUAAUGCGUCUUAUGGAGAGAUGAUGUAACAAAAUGUAAAUGACAUGCCUGCAGGGAGACAGAAAUAUUAGAGUGCUGGAGCUGAGCUAGAGGCUGACUGUGACCUUAAAUAAUCUCUGGCAUUUCUAACACUCUGGCCCAUCAUUUUAAUUGGGGACCCCAAACGAGCCCGUUUUAUUGCUUGAGGCCCCCAUUAUUAGCCAGAUAAUGAUACUUUUGCGAAGAAAAAAAACAAGUUAUGCAGGCAAAAAUGGAUCAGCCCUUCUGGCAUUUGCCCGAAAUGCCAGAUGACUAGUCUGCCCCUAUGGGACACUGAACCACUAGCCUUCUGUAGAAUUCAGUCAGUCUGGGAGCUGAAUGCCACUCGGACUAGAGGGUUAUUCUCUCUCUUUUUUUUUUAGAUUAACAAAGUGUCCAUUCAUGUUGCUCUCCCCAGGGAACUGGGCUCUGGCCUCCGAACACGUGACACAAACAGACCAACCUGAGAGCGCGUGUGAAAAUGAACCUGGCUGUGACAACAGCGCGAGCCUCUCAACUGCCAUUGACAGUUACAAGGCCUUCCCUUACAGCUGAAUUCUGAUAUAGGAUUGAAAAUAAUAGUUAUUCCUGGGUAUAGUUCGGAAUACUUUUUAUAGACUAAAUUAAAAUAGUGUAGGUUAAGAAAUACAUACAUUAUUAGUGUUUAAAAUGAAUAAAAGGUGCCCUAUUUUAACUCUUAGCAGUUUUUAAAAUCUAGCCUAUAGACUAUGUUAUUACUACACAGUAGGCCUAUGUCUGUUAAAUUUCCACCUGGUUGAGGAAAGGACAUAUCCUUUCGUAAGCCCAUACCCUAGCAGUGGACUUUCCCCGCAGCUGAGAAAACAUCUGCCUAAAUUCUCCAUAUGAGUGCAAUUUACCAAACCACAUUCCCAUCAAAAUGCAUAAGCCUUUGAUCUCGCACCACCGGAGGGGGGCAACCAAGUCCUGUGAACAACCAACAGUAUUAUACACAUGUGGUUGCUGGAUAACCCCGCAAGAUGUCGCCAUGGACUUGACUUGCACCUUUUGUUGCUUGGGCGCAGAAGGAUUGUUAUUUUGUUCACAGGUUUUAACCCUCAUUAACGUUAAACCGAGACGCGCAUACCCUGCAUUUUCCAGAUGUGCAUUACAUGUACACGGCCACUAGAUAGAGCCCAAGUAUCAAAAAUACGUUGUGCCUUUUUCAGUUCUUGGCCUGGGCCUGUUCCUAGUUGGAUACAACCGGGAAUGGAUUUCGUCAUCAUUACCGUUAUUCGCCCUCCCCACCUCCUUCACCCCCAAUCACCACCCAAACUAUACUAUCUGUGGCCGUUAGCCCUACCAUUCGUUUUAUAGAACCAAGCCUAUCAUUACAAAAUGCGAUUUCAAUUAUCUAUAUAUAUACAAAAAACAUCGUAUUAUUUUGUUAAUUUAUUUUAUGAGUUAUUUACUUAUAUAGGCCAAUGUUUAGGGGUUGAAUGUGCAAAUAUAAAGUGUUCGGAAAAUACGUAUCAAUACUAGCCUGCAUAAAUAAAAGGCUUCUAAAUAAGAAGUAAUUGGCAUUUGUCGGCAUUUAUUUCCCAAAGUUUCAUGAAGGCUCCAAUUAUCCAGGUGUGGAAAAGCUGUGAGUCGCGCAGUGCACUUGGAGGUGACAGAUGGCUGGAGCCAGUACUGCGGAUCGUCUUUUCACUGAACUGACCUAAAACAAAAGCUAAAAGAGAUUGAACGCGUAUUAAGUACUCAGUCGUGUGGGAACGCAGGCCUAACUAAUGCGAUAAAAAAAAUGUAAUUACGUUUUGGUCAAGCUUUUUGGAUUAUUGGACCCACAGGCUAUUCCGAUUGAUUGAUUGCCUAUACCUACAAUUUACCACAAAUAGCCUACAUGUUGUUUUAUCCAUCUUACACAACUUCUAUCAUUAAAUUAUGUAACGACAAAUGCAAAUUACCGCUUUUGAAACGGUUUCGAUUUACAAAUCUUUGGGCUUGGUAAUUACGCGAUUGAUUGAAUUUAUUUGACAAGUUGUACAAGACAUACAUAAGGGCGCUCCAGCUAGUGACGCCUCCACAUACAAUUUAAGAAAAUCAUCAAGGAUAACACAGUUAAACUUAACAGCUUAUUUCCAUUGUGGUCCAACGGUAAUGAUGACGAAAUCCAUUCCCGGUUGUAUCAACCAUCAUCAUCCUCACACAUACACACAGAGACACAUAGCGAGGACAUCCAUUUUCUACCAACGCUGUCAGGGGGCUAGGGUGGACAUUACUACUCAUACAAUGCAGCCGCAGCGUCAGUCACAGGCGUCCACAGAUGUUGCUAAGAGAGCAUCUCAGUGAGCUAGCAGAAGGAUUGGAGCGGAACAUUGGUGAUGUCUUCUCACCAAGUUGAUUUUGGAUUCUAUUUUUAUUCCUAUAUUUGGUGGUUGCAAUGUCGCCAACUCUAAGUCUGAUUUUCAUGUAUGUACUGUUCCUGUGCUGUUUGUCUCCCUGCGCGGCAGACCUAUGCAACUGGACUGGAAGUGGUUUGGCGCGUGAGGCUGAGGCUAACUCGCGGACUGUGCAGCAGGUGCGGCUGCGUUGCACGGAGGGUUCGGUGGAGUGGGUCUACCCGGGCCAGGCGCUUCGGGUCGUCCUGGAACCCAACCUGUCCUCUGCGCGCCACACAACGGUCUGUAUCAAACCGUUCCGCAGCUUCAACGGCGCCAGCGUCUACAUCGAGCGGGCUGGGGAACUGGACCUGUUGAUGACGGAUGGAGGGCGGCCGGAGCAGGUGUUCUGUUUCCGGUCGGACGGACCUCAGAAGCCAGCCAUCUUCCUCCUGGCAAACCCGCAGAGGGAUAUCAUCCAACGCGCAGUAGGCUUCAGAUAUGAGUUGCUGGGCAAUCGGACCACUGCGCCCAACCUCGGCCAAAGUGUGUUGCAGGCUAGCUGCCGUCCCUGCAAUGACACAGAGCUCCUCCUGGCCAUCUGCAGCAGUGACUUUGUGGUUCGCGGCUCCAUCAGGAGCGUAUCCCACAAUGCUGAGCGGCAGACAUCGUUGGUGGAGGUCUCAGAGGGGAGGGUGUACCGGCAGCGUAGCGGGGUGUUUGAGCGCCACACUGGCACCAUAGGGGUUCCCGGUUCCAGUUCCUCAUGGCACGGUCACAUCCACACACUGUUACAGUGUCACGUAAAGCCUGGGGGCGGAGAGUUCCUAUUCACAGGGACAGAACACUUUGGGGAGGCCUGGCUGGGUUGUGCCCCCCGCUAUAAAGACUUCAUGUCCCUCUACCAAUCAGCUUGGGCGGCUCGCCAGAACCCCUGUGAGUUCCCGCUGGACUGAGGGUGUGUCCCAUUUCCUAGUGGUGAUCCAUGAGCCCUUUGACCUGUAGGUAGGGUUUAUUUUCUUAAAUGGAACACAUUGAGUCUCUUCUUUCUACCCCAGUUGGCAUGGUAGAGAUGAUGUCGCCAUGGCAGCAAGCGAGCGAGAUGAGUUCCUCACGACCACAGCGGUUUGAGAGAUGUUGUCCCUUCUACUCCUCCUGAUUCUAUACCGCUCACAACACCAGCAGGGACAAAUCUGUUGGAGCACUUGUAGAGCACAAGGAGUACAAGGCCCAGGGCAGGGGCCCACAGGGGACCCAUCCAGGCAGCACUAGAGGGGCCCCUGCCGGCCCCAGCAGGGAAAGGCUUAGAGAGCCUGGCCCUUUGUCUCUCUUCUCAACGCCCACAGCUCCCAGAGACUAAAAAUGGUUAGACUGCUGCUUCACGCUUUGUCUCUCCCCACACCAACUGCUGCUCACUUCAGGGUCUCGGCGUGAGGUGUCCUCUGAACUACUGUGGCAGGAAAUCAUAUGAAUUUAAUGUCUGAUUGUUGUUAGAGGUUUUAUGUGGUCUUGUUUAUUCCUUUGUACAAUACGUUUUGAAAUAUGUUAUUGUAAUGUAAAUUAAAUGUUGUGUAAAUUCACAAGGAUUUGAUUAUUUACAUAUUGAUUGUAUCAUUCUGGUUUUAUUACAGGGUAUGGAUGAUGCUGCAGUGAAGGUGCAAACCCUCAGUUUGAUUACCAUUUAUUGCCAAAUAUAUAAGCAAUGUUUGUGGGGAUUUCUUGUGUACUUUUUUGACUGACUUGAAAUGCACUUUCAAGCAAUUACUUAAACUUUUGAACAAGAGAUUUAUUUUGUUCUUCAUAACAUUCUUUAUUGUGGUUCUUGAGCGUUAUGAGAAAAUAUUUGUUGAAAAUAGCUCCUCCUGUAGGAAAUAAUGAUCAUGAAUAUUUGCAUUACAAUUUUCUGCAACGCAUUUAAAUGACAAAAACAUCUAUUGCACUAAUGUAUCUAUUGUCUAUUAAAACAAUACUGUUAAA